AUGGGUCGUCCUUCCGUGCCGCUAUCGGCCGAUCUCCCCCCGCUCAUCAUGGGCACGGCAACAUUCAAUUCGCAGUUUAACAAAGAUCCCUACUCCCUUCCUACCAACGAACUCGUCCAGCGCGCCCUCUCUAGCGGUGUCCGUGCCUUUGAUACCUCGCCCUAUUACGGCCCCGCGGAGGAACUCCUGGGUCGGGCCCUGGCCACCGAUUUCGUCCAAUCCAACUUCCCCCGCUUCACAUACCGAUUGCUCACCAAGGUCGGUCGAGAGGGAGGGGCAUCGUUUGACUACUCGCCGGAAUGGGUGCGAUACAGUAUCGGUCGUAGUCUACGACGGCUUCACACUGACUACCUGGAUGUGGUCUACUGUCAUGACGUCGAGUUUGUGAGCCCCGCACAGGUGCUGGAGGCCGUUCGCGAGCUGCGACGCAUUCGCGACUCCGAAGGCACAAUCCACUACGUGGGUAUCUCUGGUUACCCGGUUGAUGUGCUAUGUGAUAUGGCAGAGAUGGUCCUUCACGAAACAGGUGAACCGCUCGAUGUGGUCAUGUCCUACGCCAACUUCACGCUGCAGAAUACCCGCCUGCUGACCCAAGGCCUGCCCCGAUUGUUGGCGGCUGGAGUGGACGUUAUCCCCAAUGCCUCGCCGCUGGGCAUGGGACUUCUCCGACGCGUGGGUGUCCCAAUUGGAGGCAUGGGAGAUUUCCACCCAGCGCCAGAGGGUCUCCGCGCCGCCAUCCAGCGCGCGGGCCAGUGGGUCGACGAACAAGACGAAAAACUGGAGGGCGUUGCCAUUCGCUUCGCGCUCGAGUCCUGGCUGCACCAAGGCGCAAAGGCUGGAGCUUUGGGUCCGCCUCUUGCACCCUCUGCCCAGACCGAUCCGGGCCUUCUCUCCGCCAUCAAUCUAGGCACUGGCGAACGGUUGGGUGUCAGUGUCAUGGGUGUGAGCAAUGAAGACGAGCUGAACGAGACCUUGCGGGUCUGGCGCAGUGUAAUUGACGGAUUGGAGAAUCGCGAAGAUGAUAACGAUGAUAAAUUCAACAAUACCCUCGCACCUACUGUUCCAACCACCAACCAAACCCCAGCCAUCCUCACCCCCUCGGAGGGGAUUAUCACAGACCGCGCCUGGUCCCAGGCUAGAUGCAGUCGCAUUUUAGCCCACUUCCAGAAGAUCCAGUCCAUUCUAGGACCUGAUUGGGUUGACUUCACCUGGCCCAGCCCUGGCCCAGAUUUCGUCAACUCACUCUCAGCGGAGCACAUGGCAACUUUGAAAGCACUGGCUGGAAAUAGUGAGGAUUUUGAGAAAGGCAACGGUUACAUUCCCACUCCGCCUUUGGAUGCAGUGGACGGAGACUCUGCAGCUCCGGCUGAGGUUGCUCUAUGA